CGCGCAUGCGCAGUGCCCAGCGCCCGAGAGGAUCCACCCGACCGUGGCAGCGGAACCGCGAUGGUGUCAGCCGAACGGUUCGGUUCAAAGGUGACCACGACGACGACGGGAACACAGUUGACCGUGAGCAUCGGUCCGGUAAGGAUGGUGUUGUAUCUCCCGUUGAAAUAGGUCCCCCGAGUACUCCGACCGCUUGGAGCCGCACGUAACGGCACGGCGCACGGCGUGAUGCCGAGCGGUGGUGACGGAAAAUGCCAUGUUCAAGAAAAGCCGUGCAGGGUGAAUGAUAAAAACGGUUCCCAAAUCGUGCGACGUACGACGAAAUCCUUCGCCUGCGAAUGCUAGUGGAAAGUGAUAAAAGCGAUUCAAAAGGAGCACGCUCCGGAAGCUCUCCGCGCCGACCGUACGUCUUGGUUCAACUAUCAACUAAAUCAAAGAUCAAAAAACUCUCCUCGUGCUUGUAGGGGUGUGCGAGUGUUCUUAUGUGUGCAGCAGGAACGUAAAUCCAUCAUGGUUCAGCAUUCCUCAAACACGGUUUCUUACGCCGAUUCGGUCAAGCAAACGCGGGCUCGAUAAUCCAUGACCGGAACCAAUAUUGCAAGCGUGGUGGUGAAAUCAUGCGAACGAUUUGAGUGGAAAAAAAGCCGUGUGAAGCUUUCAGACAGCUUUCUAGGCUGCCGUUUCUGUUCUGCUUUCUGUUUUGCUUCCCUCUAUUUCGCUCACUCUGGCAUCCGGCCCAAUGCAAACGGUGAAGCGGGCGUAAACACAGAGAGAGAGAGUGUGUGUGUGUGUGGAAGGAAAGGCAAAAAUUCAGCGAAGAAAAAAGACAACAUCGACACCAGCAAAAUAAGAUAUCGUUACAGUAGAGUGGCUACAUCAUUGCACCAGCAAACAAAAUGCUACCGUGAAGCGAAAGUGAGAGCACAGCUGUGUGCGUAACUGUGUGCGUUGGUGCGUAUGUCUGUGGGUGUUUUGUAGUGUGUAUGUGUGCGUGCGUGCGUGUACGUUCCGCCAGCAAGUCGUGUGACGAACCCAAGCGUAAUAUUAAUCAAAACACAGCACAAUGAGCUCGACGGAAUUGGGAGAAUUUGUAAUAAAUGUCACCGAUGGACCGCACAGUCUGGCGGGCGUUGAGGAUGGGGCCAACAUCUCGACCGCAACAACCGCACACCUGCUGUACUGUGGCAAGGCGCUGGAUGAUUUCCACACCAGCUACGCCAAAGCGCACGGGAUCGUCUGUCUGCUGGUGUGCAUCUUUGGCAGCAUUGCCAACACGCUCAACAUUGUGGUGCUGACGCGGCGCGAGAUGCGAUCGCCGACCAACGCCAUCCUGACCGGGCUGGCGAUCGCCGAUCUGCUCGUCAUGCUCGACUACAUGCCCUACGCAAUCAACUCCAUCCCGUACCUGCGGCUGUCGCGCGAGGAGCGGCUCACGUACGGCUGGGCCUGGUACAUCAUGUUUCACUCGAUCUUCGCCCAGAUCUGCCACACGAUCUCGAUCUGGCUGACGGUGACGCUGGCCAUCUGGCGCUACAUCGCCGUCGCCUACCCGCAGCGCAACCGCCAGUGGUGCGACAUGUCCAAAACGCUGGCCGCCAUCUUCAGCUCCUACAUCGUGUGCCCGUUUCUGGCCGUACCGAUCUACCUCUCCUUCAGCAUCCAGUCGAACGUGGAGCUGCUCGGGUGCGACGGCAACACGCUCACGCCGGACGCCAUCGGCAAUGUUUCGCAGGGCCGCAACGUGACGCUGUACCGGCUCGGUACGUCCCAGCUGGUGCGCGAUAAUCCGGCCCUGCUGAACGUGAACUUUUGGAUCUACAGCGUCGUGUUCAAGCUGAUACCGUGCAUCGCGCUGACCAUCCUCAGUCUACGGUUGAUAGGUGCGCUGCUAGAGGCAAAGCAGCGCCGCAGCCAACUGACCGGCACAGCCACCGGUCUGAAGCAGAUCGUCGACGGCCGGGUGGUGGACGCAAAGGCCGGCAAGCAAACGGACAAGGAGAAGCAGACGGACCGGACGACGCGCAUGCUGCUCGCGGUGCUGCUACUGUUUCUCAUCACCGAGUUCCCCCAGGGCAUCCUUGGCUUGCUGAGCGCCGUGCUGAAGAAGGACUUUUUCUUCAACUGCUACCUCAAGCUCGGUGACGUGAUGGACGUGCUGGCGUUGGUCAACUCGGCGAUAAACUUCAUCCUCUACUGCUCGAUGAGCCGCCAGUUCCGCAGCACGUUCAACGAUCUGUUCCGCCCGCGCAUCCUGGACCGGUGGAUGGCGGUGCCGCAAGGGGACGACGACCAGGCGGGACGCGGCCAGCACCAGGACGCAGCGACAACGCAGAUUACUCAGAUAUAGCGCACGCCGGGACGUCCUAACAGUCAUUGCCACGGUUGCUUUGGCCAGUUUGCGAACGCACUGGCGGGAGUUCUAAUUAGCAAUCGGCAAACAUCGAACCGUGACGACUGUGCAAUGCUCUAGCGACGUCCCACCCCAGCACUCCUAUAAGCACUGUGUCUGUGUGUGUGUGUGUUUGUACAUCCGUUUUUACCAGUCUGCCAGCUCUACUACUAAACUAACGUACUUCUCCGGCACCGUAUGCAAGCAAGCAAGGCAAACUGCUUGUCCGUUUUCGGCCCGUCUAAUUACUACACUGUGGUGAGCAGGUCCCGUGGCGCUUGCACUACCGUUUGGCGAUUAGUCGAAACUAUUAGCAGAUAAAUAGGCCGGUCUCGUAGUACAGUCGUCAACUCGUGCGACUUAACAACAUGCCCGUCAUGGGUUCAAUCCCCAAAUGGACC